UCAAAGCGGCAGCUCACGAGCAAGGCGUCUGGAAGUGAAUUCUUAUUUUUACUUCCUGCCCCAGCCUUACGAAUAGGCGGUGAGGGCCAGAAUGAGCAGCAGAGACCUGUAGCUAAAUUCUCUUGGCAAAGUUUACCAGUUUUCCUUGGGUCUGUUCUCUUAGCGCUGGGAAUGUUUAUGUUUGCCGCUGUCCCAAAGAAAGCGGAAGUAAGGAUCAGGAUGAUACAACAGUUGUCUUCCCAGUUAUAUGCACUCUAAUUAGACAUAUUUUAAAUUCCAUGCUCAAGAUUAAACAUACGCUUCGCGGGAAAAUUUGAAUUUUAAAAAAUGCUAUAUGGAUGUAAUGAGGCCCUUGAUAAAUGAACAAAAUUUUGAUGGGACAUCAGAUGAAGAAAAUGAGGCAGAACUCUUGCCUGUUCAGAAGCAUUACCAACUUGAUCACCAGGAGGGUAUUUCAUUUAUACAAACUCUUAUGCAUCUUCUUAAGGGAAAUAUUGGAACUGGCUUGUUAGGACUUCCAUUGGCAAUAAAAAAUGCAGGCAUAGUGCUUGGACCAAUCAGCCUUGUGUUUAUAGGAAUUAUUUCUGUUCACUGUAUGCACAUAUUGGUACAUUGCAGUCACUUUCUAUGUCAGAGGUUUAAAAAGUCAACACUAAGUUACAGUGACACUGUGAGUCUUGCUAUGGAAGCAAGUCCUUGGAAUUGCCUUCAGAAGCAAGCACCAUGGGGACGGAUUGUGAUUGACUUUUUUCUGGUGAUAACACAGUUGGGAUUCUGCAGUGUUUAUAUUGUCUUCUUAGCUGAAAAUGUGAAACAAGUUCAUGAAGGAUUCCUGGAGAGUAAAGUGCUCAUUUUGAAUAGUACCAAUUCAUCAACUCCAUAUGAGAGAAGAAGUGUUGACCUGAGGAUAUAUAUGCUUUGUUUUCUUCCAUUUAUAAUACUUCUGGUCUUCAUUCGUGAGCUAAAGCAUCUGUUUGUGCUUUCAUUCCUUGCCAAUGUUUCCAUGGCUGUCAGUCUUGUCAUAAUUUAUCAAUAUGUUACUAGGAACAUGCCAGAUCCCCACAACCUUCCAGUAGUGGCUGGUUGGAGAAAAUACCCACUCUUUUUUGGCACUGCAGUAUUUGCUUUUGAAGGCAUAGGACUGGUUCUUCCACUGGAAAACCAAAUGAAAGAUUCAAAAAACUUUCCUCAAGCAUUGAAUAUUGGCAUGGGAAUUGUCACAGCUUUAUAUGUAACACUGGGUACGUUAGGAUAUAUGUGCUUUCGUGAGGAAAUAAAAGGCAGCAUAACUUUAAAUCUUCCCCAGGAUGAACGGUUGUAUCAAUCAGUGAAAAUUCUGUAUUCCUUUGGCAUUUUUGUGACAUAUUCAAUUCAGUUCUAUGUUCCAGCAGAGAUUAUUAUCCCUGGAGUCACAUCCAAAUUUCAUGAAAAGUGGAAGCUAAUCUGUGAUUUUGGGAUAAGGUCUGUUUUGGUUAUUCUUACUUGUGCCGGAGCAAUUCUUAUUCCUCGCUUAGACAUUGUGAUUUCGUUUGUGGGUGCUGUGAGCAGCAGCACGUUGGCCUUGAUCCUACCGCCUUUGGUUGAAAUUCUUACGUUUUAUAAGGAACAUUACAAUAUAUGGAUGAUCCUGAAAAAUAUUUCUAUAGCAUUCACUGGAGUUGUUGGCUUCUUAUUAGGUACAUAUGUGACUGUUGAAGAAAUUAUUUAUCCUACUUAAGGAGUUAUAGAGGGUACGCCCCCAAGUCCCUCUCUAAAUUGGAAUGCAACGUGCUUAACGACUGGUUUGAAAUAGUAGAAGCAAAGUUUUGAGUCUUUUGUCUCAAUUCUGAAACUGAUUAAAAUAUGAACCAGCAAAAUGAGUUGUUAUACACUAUAAACAAUCAAAUUCUCUUUUCCUUUUGUACAGUAUUAAUAUUUUGUCAGUAAACUCUUAAUUAUUUACUAGUACUGGUAAUCCAUGAUAGAUCCUUGGUUUUCAGUAAUAGCAAUAAUUUUUUAAAAAUUAGCCUUGAAAAUUGAAAAAUUAAAUAUAAAAAAUAAAAGACUAAAAUCUAUUAUUUUUAUUUCUGUAAUAUGUGCUUUAACCAAGAUCUUUUUCUUUUUCCCUAUGCUACUCUUGCCACCCAGUUGACAAGAUGCAGGAUUUGAACAAUAAGAUAAAUAACAUAUAUAACUAAAAUCUUAUUUCAGAUUAUCCCAGUGAAUGUAUAAUGUAAAAUAGUUUUUAUUAGAGAGCAAAAUACUUAUGGUAAAAGCCCUGGAAAACUACUAAGUAUAAUGUAAGCAACAGAAAGUCACCAAAACUGAAAUUAUUUUUACACUAUAUUGUAAUGGUAGUUGGUCUUCAUUUUCAUUGAGAAGUACUGAGGAAGGUUCUGUCUUGUUGUUUGAAUCAAGUUUAAGAAUGUCUUUAAUAUUCUCCAAUAUAGCUCCCUUAUUUUUCAGAAGAGGAAAUAGAGUCCCAAAAGUUUAAAUAACUAGUCAAGACCACUUCCUUGAUCUUUGAAAUCAAGAGAACCUGAUUUUCUGACUCCCCAGCCAGGAUUUCUUUAUUUUUCAUGUCACAUUCAAGAAGAAUAAAUUGUUUAGUUUAAUUUUAAUAUUGAGUAAUUAUAUUUUUAUAUUUUAAGUGGGCAUGUGAUUUUUGGAUAGUAUACAUGACAAGAGCAUAAAGUUAGAAACACUACAGCUUUAUAAAUUUCAGCAACAGAAAGAAGCAAUAUUCUUUCAGAGUCAGGACCACUCAUGGUGUAACUGCUGGCUGGUAGAAUGUACUAAACUACAUUGUUAAUGGCUUAAGCGAGUCUUAAUGUUACUUUCUUUUCUCAUUUUUGUAGACGGUAUAUUCCUCAAUGACAAAAAUAGGCAUUUGACAAAAUACAGGAAUGUAGACUCUUUUCAGUCCUGGGGUUUUCUUAUCAUAAUCUGUUGGUCUGACUGGGCAGAACCAUAAAAAAUCAUUCUUAGUAAAGACAGAACCAGUAAUAAUCUGUUGAGACACUUCCAGACUUCUUGCAGGGAACUAUCUUAUGUCACUCCAUGUUUUUCAAAACCACUUACUAACUCAGAUGGAGUACCUCAUUUGAUGGGAGGAUGAAAAUUUAAAAAUUGAAAAUAGUAUUGUCUCAUUAUGUUAAAAAUUCACAUUAAAAAAACAUGAACUUUUUUUAUCAGCCUAGUAGUACUUUAGUGUGUAGUACUGAAAGACAUCAUCAAGCUAACUGUAGUGAAUAUAUUCUCUAUUUUUAUAUGUAAAUAUUAACUUAUUCAACUAUCUUUUGCUUAUUAUAUAAUUAAUUGGUCAUCAAGUAUGAUCCUAAAGAACUAUCAGAAGCUUUAUUUUGGUACAAAUUCAUAAGAAUCAUACUUUUAAAGACAUUUACAUUAGGUAUUGUCACUAAUACUUUUGAUAUUUUUAUAUGAAAUCUGUUAUUGAGUCUUCAGUCACACUAACAGAAUGUGGAAAAAGGUAGCGGAAAAGUAAUCUUCAUUGAAACUAUCCAAUCUAACCUUGAAUCUAAGAAUAAAUGAGAUGUUUAAAAAUCUAUAACGAUAUAAACUGAUUUUAAAAUCAUUUAAUACAAAGCAGCAUUUUUUAUCAGAUGUCUUCACAUAUUUCUAGUCAGUGCAUACAGUUUUACUUUUCUACUUUAACUUGUUUAUUUCCAUAAGGAAUUAAUCAAAUGGAAUAAAAUUUUGAAUCACUGAUCAUAGCAUUAAUUAAUUUUUAAGUGCAGCACAAUGUACACCUUGGACUUUCCUUUGCAGUAAUUGCUAAAUCAACAUCCAACACCAAAUUCACUAAAUUAGACAUAAAAAAGAAGAGCUAAAAAGGAGACAAGAGAUUUGAUUCUCAACAAGAAACCCUACUGCGGUACAAGACGCAAAUGUACUCUUUAAGGAUAUUUAAUGAUAUAUUGUCAGUGGAUUUUUUUCUCUGAAAUAUAGUUUAAAUGAGUCAUAACAUUUUCUAAGGUAUAUAGAGAAGAUACCUUGAUUCUACCAGCCGUUGCUUUUUAUUUGGGGAGCCUAGAGGAAAGAGAGCAAUUACACCUCUCAAAUUUUGUAUUUGCUUUCUUUUGGUCCAUCACAUUGUGGCUAACAUGACUUUAGCAUUUAUCUGCUGCCUCAGUGAAGGAUUCUCCCCUAAAAAUUAAGUAGUUGUUGCCCUGGAAUUAUUUCUGCAACUGAGGUGGCAAAAAGAAAAGCUUUAUUUAGCUGUGAUGACUUCUAUUCAAAGCUAGUUUUCUCCAUCUCUUACACCCUAAAGAAUUUCAGCAGAGUCAGAAUAAUCUUGUCAAAAUUCUGGUUUUGAGACUUUUUUAAAAUCAGAGAAUCUUUUUGCACAUGGCUAGAUUACUUUUCAAUUCAAGAAGUUAGAGCUACCAAAUUUUUUUGGUUGAAUACAACUUUCGAUGGUGCUAUAAAAUAAAAAUAAGUUCUGUAUUAGCAAAUGCCACAUUAUUUUAGUUCUGGCCUCAGUGAAUUCUCUUUACUAAAACCAUUAAUGACUCUUGUUUAAAUAGUGUGCUUACAUUUCUACCAAGAGUUUAUGACAGUAUGAGUUGUAAAUUUCCUAAUAGGGUUUGAUCUUCGGUAGUUUCACCAUAGUCUUGUUUUGAGGUACAGUAAAAUAUUAAUGUUCUGUGUUAAUACCACUUCUACCUGUGGGAAAGCACCACAGCUGUCAAUAUAGUGUCUGAAUGGUAUGCAUUUGUUUUCUGAUGUCGUAUCCCUAAAAAUUAGGUCUCCUCAUUUCUUUUUCAUCAUUUAAGGGGAGAAAGGGACUGAUGAGUGGCUCAGUGGUGGAAUGUUUUCUAGUAUGCACAAAGCUCUGGGAUCAAAUCAGCACUAAAGAAGCUACACAACUGAUGGAAAAGUAAAUAAAAUUAUUUAGUCAACAAUACCAGUGGUCUGGUGGUUCAGUGAAUAUUGUCUAUUGAAGAAUAAUGUAACUUGGUAAAAACGUAGGCCAUUUAUUGUGUAAAAUGCUUUUUAAAAUUGGGUUUACUUUAAUAAUUUGACUCUCAGUGAGCUUUCCCUUCCUAAGAAAAUGUGAAAAAUUGAUAUAAAACAUGCAAGAUAUUUCCCUAUAUUACAUGGCUGACUGUAAUAGUUACUAUUUUGCCACUAAUGUUUACUAGACCAUGAACUUUUCUGAAACUGGUUGGCUUUGAUCUAGGCAACAAAAAUAUAUUUUAAAAAUGACUACAAAUGGUCACAGGGAAUUUGUUCCCUGUGAUAAGUGAAAUGAAAAAUCACUCAAACUGUUUAACUCUUCUUUGAAAAUUAGCUUGUUCCUGUUUUCACGCAUGUGCCCGCCCCCCCCCCCCAACAUACACACAGUAGGAGUGUGUGAAAUGUAUUCAAAUACUGGUUUACCAUUUAAAUUGGAUGCAAGAAGAUGUUACAUUAAAAGUAUCACUCUAAAAGUACUGCAUUGGUGUUUUCUUGAUAACAAAUAGGAAAAUAUAUGUUUAUAUCAGGACUAAAUCAAGCUAUAGAUUUUGUGUUUUUUUGAAAUUAUUCUCAGCUUGAAUAAAAAUUAUUGCACUUGAGUCAAUUAAUUUAUUUGUAAAACAUGAAAAUCUGUCUUAAAUGUAUUGUAACUGAAUUUUCAAUAAAAUAUAAUUUGCUUGCAGUUGCUUUUAAAAUAAAUUUGUCUUUUAUAAGGUUAAGUGGAUUUGAUAAAUGUCAUAACCAGAAAUGACAUUUGUGUAAUAUUCUUAUAAUAACAUUUCAAUCAGUCUUUAUGGUUCAUUGUCAUGUUGGAAGUUGAUAAUAAAUACCCACAAGAUUUAAGAACAGAGGUUGAUUAGAAAUGAAAGGACACAUUCAAAGCAUUGACCUGAACUUCCUAGAAUGAAUGUAAACUUUAGUCAGUGGAGGGCGCACCCAUGAUUUAAUUUGCAACUUCUUUAACUUUCAAAAAUCUAAAAGAAAAGACUUUAAAUAUCACCACAAUGAAAUGAUAAAUAUAUGAGGUGAUAGAUAUGUCAGUUACCCUGAUUUGAGCAUUGCAUGUGUACAUGUAUUGAAAAACGACAUGGUUCCUUAUAUGUAUAUAAAUAUUUUGUGCCAUUUUUAAGAGAAAAAAUAGAAACAAAUUUUUAUGUCAAAAGUUUAAAAAUUCCAGUUCCUUAAGCAUAUCAUGCACUUUGCUUGAAUUAUAAUAUUGAAACGAUACUUUUUGGAAAGCAUUAUAUCAACCUUGUAUCAAAGACAAUAAAGAUUCUUUAUACUUUUGUAUCAGUAA